GCUAGAUCUACAUAGACUACUACAUAGACUACACCUCAUCAUUCAUCAUUUCUUACCUGGGAUGACGCUCAUGUUUGCUCGCGUGCUAGAUCAUUGAUAACUAUCUCUCUUUAGCUUACUGACUAGGCCUCUUACUAAAUUCCUAACAAUCCCCUCUUCAAGCUUGACAGCUAGCUAUUUUAAACGCUUACGAUAUCCCUCUAUCUACAAUUCCAAUCCUUUGGAACGUGAUAAUCUCGCGAUCUGCGAAGAUUGCGCGAUAACUCCGUAGCACCUGUUAUUGAUCGAACGGAUGGACGGCUGUCGCAGCAAAUAAAUACGAGAACGUAGCCUAUGGAUUAGGCAUUAUCGCGAAAUCCUUUCUCCCACUUCUCACCUACUACACCAGACGUCCCCGAUUCCGCAAAGAUGGCUGACGGCCAGUCUACCGAGGAGCCACCUCCUUCUACCGUCGCAAAACCGAAGCCCCAUAAAGAAAAGGAGCUAUAUCCUAUGUCAGAUUGGAAAUACGACGCCUUCCUACAUACCUUCUCCGUCCUAGUCGACUUGUUCUUCCGAGAAGUCCACCCCCGAGGUGCGUGGCGAGUACCCCGGACCGGUCCCAUCCUUUUCGUUGCAGCGCCGCAUGCGAAUCAGUUUGUCGACGGUUUAGUCCUACAGCGAACCUUAAAAAAUGAAGCAAAUCGACGUGUUGGUCUUCUGAUCGCUGAAAAGUCUGUUCACGGCUUUAUCGGCUGGGGAUCUCGUCAAACCGGCUCUGUUCCGGUUGGCCGAGCUCAGGAUAAGGCGAAACCAGCGUCGGGUCUCAUCUACCUUCCCGACCCUAUCAACGACCCGACUCUAAUCCGGGGCGUGGGCACUAAUUUCGAGAAGGAAGCUGAAGUUGGUGGCAUGAUCUUCUUGCCCUCCGUGAAAGGACAGUCAGGUAGUUCGGUCGACAUUUCGAAAAUUAUCGGCCCCGAGGAAAUUCGCAUCAAGCGACCAUUCAAGGCAAAGGUUCCGUUACUUCAACUGACAGGUCGCGAUGACAUCGACGAAAAGGGAAGCUUCACCAACAAGGGGCUUAACGGGAUUCAAGAUGGUUACCCUGGCACCAAAUUUAAGAUCGCUCCCCACAUUGACCAGACCGAGGUCUACAAGGCUGUUUUCAACCGUUUAAGGUCGGGCGGUUGUAUUGGAAUUUUCCCUGAAGGAGGUAGCCAUGACAGAACAGAACUAUUACCCUUAAAGGCUGGUGUCGCAAUUAUGGCGUUGGGUACGCUAGCCGAAGAUCCCGAUUGUGGCCUUCAGAUUGUUCCCGUCGGAAUGAAUUACUUCCACGCCCACAAAUUUCGAUCGCGGGCAGUCGUCGAGUUCGGAGCGCCCUUCCAGAUCCCAAGAGAGAUAGUUGAAAAGUACAAAAAUAAUGAGAGGAGAGAUGCGAUCGGCCAGACGCUUGAUAUGGUUCACCAGGCCCUAAGCGCCGUUACUGUAUCAUCUCCGGAUUACGACACUCUGAUGUGUAUACAGGGGGCCAGGAGACUCUACAACACUGGGAAAAAAUUGCCGCUACCCAUGGUUGUAGAACUCAACAGGAGAUUAGCUGUUGGCUUUUCUAAAUAUAAGGACGACCCACGCAUCAUCGAUUUGAUGAACAACGUUAAAGAAUACAACAAGCAGCUUCGCUACCUGAAUAUCAGGGACCACCAGGUUGCCUACGCCAAAAUGACACUCCCAGUAGUAAUCGUCACUCUUCUAUACCGCAUCGCGAAACUCAUUGUCCUCUCCAUCGGCGUCAUACCCGGCCUUUUCCUAUUCGCCCCAGUCUUUGCCGCCUCCAAGAUUAUCAGCCAUAAGAAAGCGAAAGAAGCACUGGCAGGUUCGUCAGUCAAGAUUCAGGGUCGGGAUGUCAUGGCAACUUGGAAACUCCUCGUUGCCAUGGCAUUUGCUCCUGUCCUUUAUAACCUAUACUCCAUGAUUCUCGCGGUUAAGGUAUACCAGGACCAUCUAUGGGGCUAUGUUCCGGAUUGGGUGCCUUUCUGGUUAAUGUUCGUUGGCGGCUGGAUCGUCUUCCCGGCCAUCACAUUUGCGGCCCUGCGGUUCGGUGAGGUCGGCAUGGAUAUAGCCAAGUCACUCAGACCUCUCGUCCUGUGCAUCAGCCCAACAUCUAGCUACAGUAUUCACAAACUUCGGGAACGGAGAGCAGAACUAUCCAAGAAGGUAGUCAAGGUUAUUAACGACCUCGGCCCUGAUAUGUACGAGGACUUCGAAACAACACGGCUUGUCCCAGAUCCGUUACAGGCAGACGGCGUACUCAGCCUCAAGGAAUCGGAGAGGGCGGCGGAGCCAACCCCCCCAGACUCCCCCCACCUGUCUAGAAAGAACACGACGCGCUCUAGCCAGGCGAUCCCGCGCAACGAGUCGUUCAGCAACAUCGGAGCCAUCGGCAUGUUCGCGACGCGACCGCCGUCGCGCUCCCGCAGCAGGAGCAGUAGUUCUGGGGGCGGGUUUGGGUCAGGUGGGUUCCCGGUCUCCGGGUUCACGGCGCUGGACACGAACGAGGGGUUCAACGAGGCGAGCACCAAGAUCAGGGCGGCUAUGAAGCAGAGGGGUGAGCUGAGGCGGCGGAAGAGCGGGCUUUCGUCGGAUGGUGAGGGGAGUGAAGCUUAGGUUUGGGGGGUAAUGCUGCGUAAGCAGGGUGGGGGGAGAAAAAGGAAAGGGGAGGAUAGUGAAUGAAUAAGAUGUGAUCCGAUGAGAUGAAGGGGGAGGACACUUGUAACCUGGAAAUGUAAUCUACCUAGGAUUGAUAGAUAAGAUGGCUCGCGUUGGAUUGGAUGGGCUGUGGGGAGGGAAAGAACGAAAGGAAGGAAGGAGUUGAGUAUGAGUAGCUUUGCCUAUGGGAUGGUAUGGUUAACUGUAAUGUCAUAAUGCCAAUAUUAUAUAUGUUUGAAUUUGUUGGUUGUGUUUCUUGUGAGGAUCUUGGAAGGGGAGGGAAGUGAUGUUGGGGAUGUGUGACUUGAUGGGCAAUACUGUGGAUGCACGUUGUAGUGGAAUAGCCAAUUAGGACUCAAAGUGAGUAAUAUCUCGACUCUGGAUGGC